CCGGGACCCGGAAGGGGCGCGGCUACAGGACCCGGUGGGGCAGCUACGCGGGGUCCUCGUGCGCGUCCCACGUGGGCCCGAGCGGAGCGGCGGGCCCGGUUCGCCAGGUCCGGACGAGCCUCCCCGCCGGCCAUGGCAGCCGCCGACGGAACGCUUCUCCACUUUUCUGAGCCCCAGGCCGCCGCCCCCAGGACGCUCUCCAAACCCCGCCGGGCCCGGGAGAGGCGGCAAGCAGAGGCCACCAAAAGAAAGUACCAAGCGUCCAGUGAGGCUCCUCCAGCGAAACGGAGGAGCAAGACAUCAUUUCUCCCAGCCAAGAAAACUGCUAAAGAAGCUCAAAGGACUUUUAAGGGGAAGCCUCAGAAAACGUUUUCUCCAAAGAAGUCUUCGGCCGGUACAAGUGACAGAAACCAAGAGCAGAAACCGUGCGUUAAGACUUCGUCAUUGUUUAAAAACAACCCUGAAAUUCCAGAGCUCCACAGACCUGUAGUAAAGCAGGUGCAAGAAAAAGUGUUUACUUCAGAUGCUUUUCAUGAACUGGACCUCCACCCACAUUUAAUUUCCACAAUAAAUACGGUCUUAAAAAUGUCUAGUAUGACCAGCAUUCAGAAGCAAAGCAUUCCUGUGUUGCUGGAAGGCAGAGACGCCCUUGUGAGAUCCCAGACGGGCUCAGGUAAAACUCUUGCCUAUUGUAUCCCUGUGGUCCAGUCCCUUCAAGCAGUGAAAGCAAAAAUACAGCGCAGUGACGGCCCCUAUGCUCUGGUACUAGUGCCAACGAGAGAGCUGGCUCUACAAAGCUUUGACACUGUCCAGAAACUGCUCAAGCCAUUUACCUGGAUUGUGCCUGGAGUGUUAAUGGGAGGAGAGAAGAGAAAAUCAGAAAAAGCCAGACUGCGGAAAGGAAUAAACAUCCUCAUCUCAACUCCCGGACGUCUGGUGGAUCAUAUAAAAUCCACAGGGAACCUUCACUUCAGUCGGGUACGCUGGCUGAUUUUGGAUGAAGCGGACAGAAUCUUGGAUUUGGGUUUUGAAAAGGAUAUCACAGUGAUACUCAAUGCUGUAAACGCGGAGUGCCAGAGCCGACAGACCGUCUUGCUGUCGGCAACGCUCACGGAAGGCGUUACACGGCUAGCUGGUAUCAGUUUACACAACCCAGUCAGUAUUUCUGUCCUGGAUGAAAGCCACGAUCAGUCUAACCCGAAGGGCAAAGCAGUUCUUGAAGUCUCCCCUCCACGAACUAGCGACGAGCUGGACAGCUUUGCAAUCCCGGAGAGUCUCGAUCAGCACGUGACGUUGGUGCCCAGCAAACUGAGGCUUGUCUCCCUUGCGGCCUUCAUCCUGCAGAAAUGCAAGUUUGAAAAAGACCAGAAGAUGAUUGUCUUUUUCUCGAGUUGCGAGCUAGUGGAGUUCCACUACAACCUCUUCCUCCAGACCCUGCUGAGCAGCUCAGGGGCCCCGGCACCAGGGCAGCUACCAUCUGCCUCCACGCGAUUAAAAUUCCUGCGGCUGCAUGGCAACAUGGAGCAGGAGGAAAGAACAGCAGUGUUUCAGGAAUUCUCACACUCCAAAACAGGCGUCCUCCUUUGCACGGAUGUUGCAGCUCGGGGCUUAGACCUCCCUCAAGUCAAGUGGAUUGUUCAGUACAACGCUCCGUCUUCACCUGCUGAAUACAUCCACCGGAUUGGGAGAACCGCCCGGAUUGGCUGCCAUGGGAGCAGCCUGCUCAUUUUGGCUCCUUCGGAGGCAGAAUAUGUCAACUCGUUGGCUUCUCACAAAAUCAAGAAUCUAUGUACCUGUGGAAAGCGUUUUCAGAAUUGUGUGUUGUCAUCCCCCAAGAGGAAGUGCAGUCAGUGCAGCUUAGCAGCCUGUCUCUCACUCCACAGCGUCUUUUCCACCUUCCGUCCUAGACCUGCAAGUGCACAUUCCUGCCAUCCUUCCCGUCAGCGGCUCCCUGGAUGUUCUCCCGUGCUCGUUCGCUCGGACGUGCUCUUCUCCUCAGAAGAAUGAGUGCCAACAGUUAUGAGGUCAAACGAUAAUUGUCCGGCACCAGAGUUAUCAGCACAGCCUCUGCCUCUUGGCUCCGUCACUUUUCUUUAGUACACUCAUUCAAGUUGUUUGCUAUGAAAGGUUCAGAUAUAAACCUAAGAUGGAAAAGGGAAAAUAAUAAUACCAACACGAAUUAUUAGCGAGCCAGAUAUAUUUUAAAGAUAUAAAAACACUCAUCCUCUGUGAUGCUCUCAGCUGGAAAAACAGUGUGCCAGCAGCAUUCGUGGAAGAAUCAAGGUGAUGUUCCCAUUCGGGAGACGACCCAGUGGUGCCGGGGCCUUGGACAUGGAGAGGAAGUUCGGAAGAUUGAAGACGGGGAAAUCCCGAGAGGAAGAGAUUGGGGUGUUGUGUGAGAGGAUACACAGGCGCUGUAAGAACGUUCAUGUAAGGGCAGUGAGUCCAGCAGGAGUCCAGCCUCGCUGCUUUCUGCCCUGAACCUUCACCUGUUGAAGUGCCUGUGCCUGCAUCAUGGGCUAGAUGUGGUCGACCUAAAUAAAUAUCAGAACCUAAGUUAUGAUGCUGUAACCGUGUGUUAUCCUUCCUGAAUUCUGUUUGAGGAAGGACUGUGUGUUGGAUAUCUAUAUACAGACUGUUUCUUUGACUUAAUACGAAAAAAAUUACAUCUAAUAAGAACUAGUUGCAGAGUAUGCAGUGGAAAGAAGCAGACUUGACCAUUUUGGAAUCCAAAAGGUGCACUCCUAAAUAUUGAAAAAAGAGGAGGAGGAAGAAGUGUGUAUAUGUCUCGUACCUGAGAGCCAGGCAGCGGGGUGCUGGAGUGGCUGAUGAAUUACAGGGAAGAUUCAGGAAGGCAGCAGAGGCUCUCGGCAGCAAGGGCCAUCACAACAAAUUGCUGCCUGCCUUCAUACACCAGGCGCUGCAGAACUCACCCUGACAAUUUAAUUUAGCUCACGGGGCGGCAGACAGGUGCCCUGGGCUGUGGCCGCCUCUGUCUAAAUGCUCCGAACUUCGUUUCUACCUCUUUUCUUGACUUCUUUGUGUUUGCCAACUUCUUAGCUUUUUUUCACUUCUCCUUUAAACGUGUUUCUCAUGAAAGUCAUCGUUGGUUUAUUAAAAUGUAAAUGCUUCAUCCAAAACAUGUAUUUCUUAGAUCAGGCAUAAGACAGUUCCCUGAAUUUAUUUAUUUAUCUCUUUUCAUAGUAAGGUGGAGUAAUUCAGAUCUGUUGAUAGAACCAUAAAUAAGCAGAGUAGAUUUGCUUUGUUCCUCAGAAGCAACGAUUUCUCGGAAUAGGAGGAAGUCCCUUUUAAACUGUAAAUCACUCCCAUUCCUUCUCAGCUCCUGUUCACUCAGGGUGAAUGGUCCCCCAAUGUUGUCAUAUGGACACACACACAGCGUUUGAGCCGUGCCCUGGCUGGAAUGUCCACGCUCCCAUGCAUUGGGGAAACCUGCCUUUCUGUGGCAUAUUUAGUUUUCUGUAUCCUGGACUGUGAAUGGCCUUAUUCUUUUUUUCUUUCUCCCUGCUUCAAGAUUUGACCCCAAGUUCUUAGGUUUGUUUUACUUUGGUGUUUUCUCCACUUUUGUUUCUCAAGGAAAAAAAGUGAUGAGUAGAAGCAAGUCAGAUAGACAAAGAAAAAGAUAGGACUGGGCUGUGUUUUCACCUUCCUUCAGGUUUCCAGGCAUGAAUAAGAGGCAAAUUCAGUAGCUGUAACAUUUCUCUCCCAUAUGAAAAAUAGAUUUUCCAUGAAAUCAUGAGCAUUUUCCCCCCGACUCCUGCCCUCCCAUACAGACCCUGCCUUCUUCAGUUGACUCUUGCUACUGUAUAAAGAUUUCACGUACCCGUAGGGCUGCGAGCUGGCAGCAGAGAGAGUGUGGAGGGUGGGGGUGUUCAGGGAAGUGGUGACGCAUUUCAGGUGAAUCGCUGUCAGAAACGUGACAUUUUCAUUCAUAGCUUUGUCAGAGUAACCUUUAGGGGAAAGGGGGAGAAUUGUUUUCUCCCACAUAAGAGGUUGCCAUUCAUGUUUUAAUUUGCUGUUACAUUAAAAAAAAAAAAAAAAA